AGUAGUGCCCGCUCUGAGAUUCCGAGAGACAGUCUCAAUCUGGACUGCAAAGCGAUCAGUUCGUGUUCCAGUCGUCGAUUGCCCACGGAAUAAUAUCAACAUAUAUCUGCGUAUCGCAAAAAGAAUAGAUUAGGCGCAUAUCUCCACGAAGACCCCAAAUAUGUUGACCUUGCCCAACAUCGCCGAUCUGCGCCUGCAGCAGCAGAUCGCCCAGGAGAUAUACCGCCAGCAGAUUAUGCAACGCUUACCCGAUCCCCUCUGCGGCCUGUUGCCCAACUUUGCCGGACACUUUGUGCCACCGCCGCCACCACCGCAACCCACUUUGCCCGGCGAUGUGGAGGCCAAGCUGGAGAAUAACGAACUGUGGCAGCAGUUCCACAGCAUCGGCACCGAGAUGAUCAUCACCAAGUGCGGCAGACGCAUGUUCCCUUCGAUGCGAGUAUCCCUCAGUGGACUGGAGGAGGAGGCCAGCUAUUGCGUGCUCCUCGAGAUGGUGCCCAUUGGCGACUGUCGCUACAAGUUCUCCGGAUCCCAAUGGGUGCCGGCCGGAGGAGCGGAGCCCCAGAGCCCACAGCGCAUGUAUCUGCAUCCGGAGAGUCCGGCCACGGGAAAACAUUGGCAGUCCCAGGCUCUGCUCUUCAGCAAAGUGAAAUUGACGAAUAAUACGCUGGAUAACAAUGGUCAUAUCGUCUUGGCCAGCAUGCACAAGUAUCAGCCGCGUCUGCAUGUCAUACGUACCUCUGAUCUCGGCCAGAUUCCCUGGGCCCCCCAACAGGCCUUUGUUUUUCCGGAGACGGAAUUUAUAGCCGUUACGGCUUAUCAGAAUGACCGCAUAACCAAGCUGAAGAUCGACAACAAUCCCUUUGCCAAGGGAUUCCGUGAGUCGGGUCAGUCGCGAUGCAAACGGAAGAUCAAUGACUCGCCACCGCCAACGCAGCCCGAGGUAAACCAGGUGGAUCGAAGCCCGGUGACAUCGCCGUUAGCCAAACGGUUGCGACUCGUGGAGGAAUUUCCCCAGCACCAUCAUCACCAGAGUCAUCAGAGUGUUCCUAUGCAGCGUCACUAUCUGCUGGAUGCUCUGGAGGCCAAUUUCUAUGUGCCAGCGCCACCGCCGCCGGCCAUCGAGUAUGCCAGGCACAUCGGUGGUGCUUAUCCAAGUUGGGCCUACACACCGCCAUCGCCGGCCUCCUCCGUCUCAUCCUCCUCGGCGGGCUCGACGAGCGGCGAGUCCGCUGCCGACCGAGAGGCAGAUGCCGAUGCCGACACCUUUGUAGAUGUGGUUGGAACCGCACCGGUUGCUCCUCCGCCUCCAUCUCCGCCUGUGCCGACCGCUGCUACUGCCCCUGCUCCGUCAUCCAGCGAUCCGACGAUGGCCAAGCCGAAGCGCAGCAGCUUCAGCAUCUCGGACAUAUUAGGAACCAGCUCGUCCAUUUAAAACUAUCAAGUGCAGACGGGUGCAUGUGCUCCCGUUUGGCUUGGAAUCGGUGCCUUGUACAUUUAAUUAGCGUUUAGUUGCCAUCGUCUGCGUAGUGUCUAAGUUGAAUUGUGAUAUUUUGCAGUUAAUUAGGAUUUCCAGGUAUUUGCCAUCAGUAUUUAUCGUAUUUAUUAUGCAAUUUUAAUUGUUCACAUGAUUUCGUAAUGGAUUUAUUGUCUUUGGCAUUUUAAUGCGGCAUAAAUAAAAUUGUACGUACAUACACGUACCCAAUGAA